UAUCGGACUCUAUAAAAAUUCUUGUUUCGGAUCUCUUUCUAUCUUCGAAAGUUUAUCUUCGUUCUGUCACUACAUAACCCGACAAUUCCAUCUGUUAAAACCCUCAUUUUCCCUCUCAUCACUUAUAUUUUAAUUUACUUCGUGCCUUUUGCUGACCUUUUCCAAUUAUUCUUUUUCUGAAGUUGAAAUUGAAAAAUGGAGGGAGGACAGUUUAAUCCUCGUACGGUUGAAGAAGUUUUCGGAGAUUUCAAGGGUCGUCGUAAUGGCCUUAUCAAAGCUCUAACCACAGAAGUUGAAGACUUUUACCAGCAGUGCGAUCCUGAGAAGGAGAAUUUGUGCUUGUAUGGACUUCCUAGUGAGCAGUGGGAGGUCAAUUUGCCUGCUGAAGAAGUACCUCCAGAACUCCCUGAGCCUGCUCUAGGGAUCAAUUUUGCUAGAGACGGGAUGCAAGAGAAGGAUUGGUUAUCUCUGGUUGCUGUUCACAGUGAUGCCUGGUUGCUUGCUGUUGCCUUUUAUUUUGGAUCUAGAUUUGGUUACGAUAAAGCUGACAGGAAACGGCUUUUCAACAUGAUCAAUGAACUCCCUACAGUAUUUGAAGUUGUGACUGGUGCUGCAAAGAAACAACAGAAAGAGAAGUCUUCGGUCUCCAACCACAGUAGCAACAAAUCAAAGUCAAACUCUAAGCCGCAGGGAUUGGAAUCUCCGGAAAAAUAUCCAAAGUCACAGCCGAAGGAUGAAGAAGAAGAAGUGUUUGAUGAGGAAGAAGAUGAAGAACAUGGGGAAACACUCUGUGGCUCCUGUGGAGAAAACUAUGCAUCAGAUGAAUUUUGGAUCUGCUGUGACAUUUGUGAGAAGUGGUUCCAUGGCAAGUGUGUGAAGAUUACCCCUGCUAGGGCUGAGCAUAUCAAGCAUUACAAGUGUCCUUCUUGCACCAACAAGAGAGCUCGACCCUGAUGUAGAAUAUGGUCCUCAAACUCUGCUAACUGCUGUUGUUGAUCAGGCCGCUCUCGUUUUUAAUUGUCUAUUUAUCUUUAGCAUUAACCUGUGAUUUCGUGUUCAUUAUCAGGGGGUUCGUUCUUCGGAGUAUAGUAUUAUUUCAUUCUAGAUUUCGCAAGUAGAGCCCCA